AUGAGUACCGGGAAUGCGACACUAGACGCAGUGGGCGCCGCUUCCGGGGCAGCAACUCUCGAGCUGGCGAUUGAAUGGAUCGCCUAUCUUGUCAUAAUAAUAGUCAUCACGGCCUUGCGUACCUAUGCGCGGGCUAGCAUACCUGGGAGGAGCGGGUUUGGCUGGGACGACUACCUCGUCUGGAUCGCUGUGGUCUGGUACGUUAUUCUCACAGCUGAGGUCUAUGUAAUCGGCGUAACGGCUAUUGGCAUUGCCAAUGACUCCAUGUCAAACGAGUACCGUGCUGCGCUCGCAAAGGAUGGCCCUAGCAGUCAAGAGUUUGGGCUUCGAGUGUUGGGAUCCAAAGUGCAGCUAGCUGCGUGGAUAUCGUACUCGCUAGUACUGUGGCUACUCAAGGGAUCUUUGCUUUGUUUCUUUGUGGUCCGGCUUACAGAAGGAAUUACAGGAGCGAAGAUGAGGGCCUGGAUAGGCGUGGUUCUACUAGUCGGCACCUGGAUUUCUAUAGCUGUGACUGUCCUCGCAAGCUGUCGGCCACUCAACAAGAUGUGGCAGAUUUUUCCCGACCCUGGGCCGAUAUGUUAUGCCGGCGUGUCUCCGGUUCUGAUUGGAGUGACGCUUGCUGGCAACAUCUUGACAGACGUCUACCUGAUUUCGAUCCCGGUCCCCGCCUUACUACGAGCCUCGCUUGGGAGGGUACAGAAGAUCUCACUUAUCAGUCUCUUCAGUUGUAGCAGUCUCAUCACGGCCAUGGCAAUUAAUUCUAACAGCAACGGCGAUGGCGCGUGGGCCCUACGAGAAUGUUUUGUAGGCAUGGUUACAACCAACAUGGCACCUAUAAUUCCGCUAUUUAGAAAAUGGCUCUCACCUUGGCUGGGAAGACUCGAGUCAACAUCCGACAGCAACACACAGCGAACUACUGUAGGAACGAGCAACCGCACGCUGAGAUCUCGGAAUCGCGAUCCUAAAGGCUCGGGUCUCAAGAUCAAGACUGCUGGGCGCCAUCACAGCUCCGACAGCUCAGAGCACAUUAUAGAGGUAAACGAUGUCGAGAUGCAGUCAUACACCAGUCCGAACGAGAGCAAGGCGAAACUCGACCGGACUAUCAGCAGGAAGCCAGUACCGACGUCGGUGAGCGGAAAUGGAGCGCGCAGUCCGACGCUGAUCAUCCAGAAGAAUGGCGACAUCCAAGCCUCGGCAGGGGGGUGA